GGUUUCCCACAACGGACUAUAUUUCCCAGCAUGCAUCGCCACAUGCCCAGUUACCAUCUGCUUCCAGAGUAGCGCGCUGCAUGCCGGGGAAUGUAGUCUCCUGGUGGUUUUUCUUCCCCAGCUGCUUUCGCUUCUUUGGACGCCUUUUGGGAGAUCCAGGCUGCUGCUGCUGCUGCUGCUGCUCACGCGGGGUCCCCGGCUCUGCCUUCCGCAGCACCCAGUCCGCCCCCAUGGUUCACGCGUUCUUGAUCCACACCUUAUGCUGCCGUCCUGGGGAUGAGGCUGGACACUGCCGAGUGCUGUAUUCUAGAGUUUUCGGUCCUGACGGGUUUGAAGAUGCCAGAUGCCAGAGUCAGGAGAAGGAGCGUCUCUGCCGGAAGGAGCAGAUUCUGGUUGUAGCAAGGCAAGUGGAGUCGACCUGCAAGCUCUACCAGCCGGCCUCUGGGAAGCCCCACUCGGAACACCUGGCCCAGAUGCCUGAUGAGCCCGUUUCUCUGCAGGACGCCCCGUCGGGGGUCUUCCGCCUCCCUCCGGGGGACCCCUUCCGCGAGGACAAGGCUGUGCUCUGGCUGGGCGUCCAGUGCCUGGGCUUCGCGCUGGUCUGCGACCCCCACGAGAACCUGAUGCUGGCCGAGAGCACCCUGCGGCUCCUGGUGAAGACCCUCCUUGACCACCUGAAGCUGCUGAGCUCGGGGAGCGACGUGUUGCUCAAGGCCGACCGGACCGAGGUCGUCCUCGGGAAGUUCCUGCCGCACGGGCAGCUGCUCUUCCUGAACGACCAGUUUGUGCUGGGGCUGGAGAGGGAGCUCAGUGCCGCGUUCUGCAAAUAAAAGCCCCCCCCCCCGGAGGGUCGGCUGGGUAAGGCCUUGGUUU